CUACAGUAAAGAUAACAAGAAACUCUUCUCGCAACACAAUUAUUUAGCAGAUAGAUUUUUGUCAAUUUUUGGUCAAUCAAAUCUCACUAAUCCCUCAUGUUGAUCAUGGAUGACUACAUGCCUCCAAGGUACCAACUACUUGGCCGGAUCGGUGAAGGCGUACAUGGGGUUGUCGUGAAGGCGCGAGAUUUAAACAAUGACGAUAAAAUAGUGGCCAUUAAGAAGCUUUCGCUGCGCACCAAACACGGAGCUCUGGCACCGAACACAAUCCGCGAAAUCAAAGUUUUGCAGAACUCGCAAUGCGAGAACAUCUUAACUCUUCUGGAUAUGUAUCCGGAUUUGUCGGGCAUGUCUCUGGUGUUCGAGUACAUGCCUCACACAUUGUACAGCAAAAUGAAAGACGAAGAUCAUCCGCUAUCCCGAGCAGAAAUCCGACGCUACAUGGCAAUGUUGCUGAAUGGUUUGAAAUAUCUACACGAGCUCAGAAUAAUGCAUCGGGAUAUAAAACCUGCCAACUUGCUGAUCGAUUCAAAGGAUGUGCUAAAAAUUGCAGAUUUCGGUUUGGCCCGAUUAUUCAACGACCAGGACCCGGAAAAGGUCUACUCCCCCCAGGUUGCCACCAGAUGGUACCGAGCUCCGGAAAUCUUGUGGGGUUGUCAAACGUACGGUCCUUCGAUCGACAUGUGGGCUGCCGGCUGUGUGUUUGCGGAAAUGUUAAGGGGCGUGCCGUUGUUUUCCGGUGGGACCGACAUCGAGCAGCUGGCUCUGGUGGUACGAACGUUAGGCACACCAAACCUCAAGGAGUGGCCAGAAGUACGCAGUUUGCCGGAUUACAACAAAAUUCGAUUCCCUAAUGCCAAAGGUGAACACUGGGAGGACAUUUUCCCCAGCUGUACUGCCAGUAAUGAAAUUGGGUUAGUGGACGAGUUGGUGCAAUAUAAUCCAGCGAGGCGAUUAACAGCAACUGAGGCCAUGCAACAUCCGUACUUCACAGCAACUGAUGAAAAUUAGAAAAAAGUUUCCACUGAAAGGCACCGACAGCCGACGUGGAUUUCAUAUUUCAAUGGACAGGACUAAGAAAAAGUUUAAGCAUCGAGGUUUAAUGGGACAAAAAGGACUGCAAAAACAAAUCAACUGAGAUCCUAAUUUUCAGCUAGUAAUGUACAUAAUAAAUUGAGACAUAAGUCAAAAAAGGGGAUUGGAUAGGUCAAUUAGGAGUUACUUUUUCUUUGCUGAUCAAAAGUAUGAACUGCGUAGGAAAAAUUGAUUUAUACGAGUUUAAGAAAGCUGGGGUGUAUCUGAAAGUAGGCUUAUAAACUAGUUCAUUUUUAAAAUGUUCCAGCUGUUAUGUUUUAAUUAUAACGGAAAGAUGUCCGACUUUGAAUCUAAAAAUCGGAAUUAAAGAAUGGACAACAUAAAAAUGAAAUAGAAAAUUGAUUGAGUUAGAUAUAUCAUAAUGAUUGAAUGCUUUUAUGAUGAACGCUUGAGUGAUAAAAUGAAAUGGUAUGAAACAGAUGAAAUUUUGAGAAAAAUUUCAUUUGAAUAGAAACGAUGGAUGAUAAAGUUGGUUAUAAAUGGUUACAAAAACCUGACUAUCGUUUUAGUGAUUGCAUACUUGCACUUAAACGAAACCGUAACGUUUAACGCUUUUGUUAUUACCAGAUUAGCAUUCAAAAACAUCUUUUCCAAACCAUUACUAUACUGCUGAUGUGUGGUUAACGGUGUUAAAAAUUUGCGAAUGGACAGGACUCCGCAGCAUCAUAAAAAAGGAGCAGCGCCAAGUGUUUCGAGCUCUUUCAAGCAUUAACGUCCCAUGUGUUUUAGACAAUUGGAAGCCAUUGAAAUUACAAAUGCAAUCCUUGAUAGCCAUUUUUUUUCAAAAUUGACACAACAUGAUGGUUGGUGGGUAUAAGGCGUAUUUUUGGAAAGAUAAGUGCAAACCGAGAAGGUGUAAAAAGUAUUUUUAGCUCCUACAUUAUUAAUUUAAACGUGCGGACCCAGCAUCAGUGCCAUUAGAGGACACGGCAAAGGCUAAAAAGAGGGCCUCCAUCAAUUUACACACACAUGCACACAUACGCGCCACUGGAUAAAUGCUAUAAAUUUUAAUCACUUUCAUGAGUGUUUGGUAGCAGCAAUGUAUAGUAGGUUCAUUCACUCUCCCAGGAGGCUGGAUGUUAUAUGGACCCCAAUAUAAACGGCGGACGGCGGACGGCGAAAGAUGAAAAGCCUGAUAGUACCCGAACGAUAAUGUAGAAUUAUAAAACCAUUUGAAGCCUUCGUCAUUUGCAUUCC